CGCAAGCAGGAAGUGGGAGUGAAGGUGGCUCGAGGGGGUGGCCCGCGAGCUGCUACCACCACUUCGCCUGGUCGCGGCCGCCAGGGGCGAGAUGGAGGGCCCGGGGCUGGGCUCGCAGGAAUCACAGCCACGGCCCCCACCCUCCAGGAUUUGGUCGACAUGGAGUCUGUGCAUAUGAAAGCAAAGAACUUGCCAAGGCGAGAGAAGCUCUUCCUCUCAUAGAGGACUCUAGUAACUGUGACAUUGUAAAAGCUACUCAGUACGGGAUUUUUGAACGUUGUAAAGAGUUGGUAGAAGCAGGAUAUGAUGUCAGGCAACCAGACAAAGAAAAUGUGUCGCUUCUUCAUUGGGCUGCUAUUAACAACAGGCUGGAUCUUGUAAAGUUUUAUAUUUCAAAAGGUGCUGUAGUAGAUCAGUUGGGUGGAGAUUUAAAUUCGACACCUCUUCACUGGGCCAUCAGACAAGGACAUUUGCCUAUGGUCAUAUUAUUACUCCAGUAUGGAGCCGACCCCACUCUCAUCGAUGGGGAGGGAUUCAGCAGCAUCCACCUGGCAGUAUUAUUUCAACACAUGCCUAUUAUAGCAUAUCUCAUCUCAAAAGGACAGAGUGUGAAUAUGACAGAUUUAAAUGGGCAGACACCUCUCAUGUUAUCAGCUCACAAAGUACUUGGGCCAGAACCAACUGGAUUUCUUUUAAAGUUUAAUCCUUCUCUCAGUGUGGUUGAUAAAAUACACCAAAACACUCCACUCCACUGGGCAGUUGCAGCGGGAAAUGUUAAUGCUGUAGAUAAACUUUUGGAAGCCGGUUCUAGCCUGGACAUCCGAAAUGUUAAGGGCGAAACACCUCUUGAUAUGGCUCUACAAAACAAAAAUAGGCUCAUUAUUCACAUGCUAAAAACAGAAGCCAAAAUGAGAGCUAACAAAAAGUUCAGACUCUGGAGGUGGCUGCAGAAGUGCGAGCUCUUCCUGCUGCUGAUGCUUUCUGUGAUUACCAUGUGGGCUGUUGGAUACAUACUGGACUUCAAUUCAGAUUCUUGGCUUUUGAAAGGAUGUCUUCUAAUAACAUUGUUUUUUCUGACAUCUUUGCUUCCAAGGUUCUUGGUCGGGUAUAAGAGUCUCAUCUACUUACCAACAGUCUUCCUGCUAAGUUCCAUUUUUUGGAUAUUUGUAACGUGGUUCAUCUUAUUCUUUCCUCAUCUAGCAGGCACCCCUUUCUAUUUUGCUUUCAUUCUCAGCCUAAUAGGCUUCCUCUACUUUUUCUACAAGACUUGGGCAACUGAUCCAGGCUUCACUAAAGCUUCUGAAGAAGAAAGGAAAACGAAUAUCAUCACCCUUGCAGAGACUGGCUGUCUGGACUUCAGAACAUUUUGUACCUCAUGCCUUAUAAGGAAGCCAUUAAGGUCACUUCAUUGCCACGUGUGUAACUCCUGUGUCGCUCGAUACGAUCAGCAUUGUCUGUGGACUGGACGGUGCAUAGGUUUCGGCAACCAUCAUUAUUACAUAUUCUUCUUAUUUUUCCUUUCCAUUGUUUGUGAUUGGAUUAUAUAUGAAUCUUUCAUCUAUUGGUCAAAUCAUUGUGCCACGACAUUCAGAGAAGAUGGACUGUGGACCUACCUCAAUCAGAUUGUGGCCUGUUCCCCUUGGGUUUUAUAUAUCUUCAUGCUAGCAACUUUCCACUUCUCGUGGUCAACAUUUUUAUUAUUAAAUCAGCUCUUUCAGAUUGCUUUCCUGGGCCUGACUUCCCACGAGAAAACCAGCCUGUUGAAGCAGAGCAGGCAUAUGAAACAGACAUUGUCCCUCAGGAGGACUCCAUACAACCUUGGGUUCACGCAGAACCUUGCAGAUUUCUUUCAGUGUGGCUGCUUUGGCUUGGUGAAGCCCUGUGCCGUAGAUUGGACGUCCCAAUACAGCAUGGUCUUCCACCCAGCUAAGGAGAAAGUCCUUCGCUCAGUAUGAAGAAAAGCGACUCCAGACUCUCACUCUGAUCUGUGUUCAUGUUGAUGCCCUGUGGUCUGCAAGUGAAGUGAAGAUUAGGAGUUCACCGAAGCCCAAAGGAAAACACAGGUGGUCUGUAAAGCUAUUUAGUAAAAACACAAGUUCUCCAGAAAGGCACUACGCUUUUAGAUUUAGCAAGAUGGACUGUUCCUGAACAAUCUUGGCAGACAUCUAAAAACACUUUUAUAUGUUUCACAAGAAAAUACAACUUACUUUUUUUUUUUUUUGAGAUAAUAUUCACCAAUUAUGGAUAAAAUGUCGUAUUUUCAAAUACUUUAUUGGUUGUUUCAAAAUAGUACUAUUCUUUAAGCUUGUAAUUUUUGAUAAAUUAUUUGUUUGUUUUAUCUAUAAAUAUGUAAAAAAUA